AUGACCAAUGCAUCGAAAGUCGAUCAUUUAUUCCAUGGAUUAAAAUCGUCACUCAUGAAAGAAGUGUUCCGCCAUGCACCCACAACACCCAAAGAAUUUUUAAAAGUAGCUAAACAGGAGGAAGUAUUGGAACAACUGGUAAAUGUAUCACUAAGCAGAGACAUCCGCAUCGGUGAGAAUCUUAACGAUACAUCCGCUACUUAUUUUCCAUCAUCGCCUCUCACGCAAAAAUCGGUACGUUUUCACCAGCAUUAUACUAAUGAUAUCGGCAAAUAUUCAUCGCGCCCUUCACGAUCUUCAUUCAAUUCAUCACCAUAUUAUCAACCUCCACGAUUGGGGACAUAUGAUGGUCGUGCCUCCAAAAAAAAUUAUCCAUCAUCGUUAAUUCUCCUCAAUACGAGAAUUCAUGGCCGAAAUGUCAGAGCAAUGGAGGAUACGGGAGCUACCACAUCAAUAAUAACAAGAUCAACAUUGAACACACUUCCUCACGGACAAAUUCAUGGACACGCCGGCAACAUCACGUUAGGAGACGGAAAAACAACAUUGCGGAGAUACGGAUGGGUGGAUCUGAUGGUAAAAAUCAAUGGCAUGAAGACCCAUGUUCGAGCGAUGAUCGUGGAUGCAUUGGCGGCUAAUUUCAUUUUGGAUCGAGACUUGAAUAAUAUGGGACGUCAGCAGCGUUUUCGUGAUGCUUUUCAACGAAUCUGUGACAUGACAGAUAAUGAUGAGGAAGAAGAAACAAGCCGAGUUCGACACGGGUCCAUGAUAGCAGGCGGUAAUUUGUAG